UGGCAAACAGGUUUAUAGAAACGGUCGCCAUUGUUUUGCGGCAGUAAUAGAUUCUAAUUAUUUAGAUCUAUUAUUGAUCUUGAUUCCAGCAUAUCUAGACACCAGUUCUAGAUCUACACUAAGCAGAGAUCUUUAUCUUCUAGAUUGCCAUUGAUUUUAUAAAGGAUCUAGACGUAGUUUCUUGAUAUCUAGACUAAGACUAGUCUAGACAGUCUAGUGCUAGACUUGUCUGUCAGUAGUGUCAGUGACAGUCACAGUGACAGUCUCAUCGCACCUUUCCUUUAAUAAAUUUAUCUGUGACUGUCAGUCAAGUCACUGACUGUCACAAUGACUUCGAAACUAAAAGGUGUGGAAGGUGAAAAUGUUCUUGAUGAUAUCUUAGAUGAUUGUCAUGAUGCUGAUGACUUUUCUUCUGAAAUGAAUGAAGAAACAGAAACCAUGUUGAGAACUUUUCAUAGAGGUCUAAAAAGGCCAUCUUCUUCAACAAAUCCUCAUAUGGAUGCAAGGGCUAAGACACUAAAAUUGUUGACACCUCAGGGAAGCCAGAAUGGAGGCACCCAAGAACCAGAAGAAUCUGAGGAUGAUGAAGAAGAAGAAGACGAUGAUGAGGAAGAAGAUGAUGAAGAGGAUGAGGAAGAUGAUGGUGAUGAGGAGGAGGAAGAAGAAGAGGAAGAUGAAGAGGAGGAAGCUGAAGUAGCCCAUGAAGAAAAGUUAAAUAUUAGUAUAAACCUAGAAGAUACUAAUCAAUUAGACAAGUCAAAACGGAAAUCACAACGAGGUAUCUCUCCUAUUGAGUGGGAUAGGAGAAGUGAGGGUGCUAAGAACAAACCUAGAGAAGGAAGUCCUGGUGAUGCUGGGGAUCACUCAUCAAAAGAGUCUAGAAACAGAGACAGAGAGGAUGAAAGACAUUAUUGGUCCAAAUUAAAAUACCUAAUGCGAGGAGCAAGAUUUUUCUUAGUAAAGAGUAACAAUCAUGAAAAUGUUGCUUUAGCUAAAGCUAAAGGUGUUUGGUCAACCCCUCCACAGAAUGAAGCUAGAUUCAACCAAGCUUUUAGGGAAUGUGACAAUGUAAUACUUAUAUUUUCUGUGAAAGAAAGUGGAAAGUUCCAAGGAUUUGCACGUCUGUCAGAAGAAUCAACUAAGGACCAUCCACCUAUUCGUUGGGUUUUGCCCCCUGGCAUGACAUCAAGAGCAUUAAGUGGCGUGUUUCGACUUGAUUGGAUCACAAGGAGAGAUUUGGAUUUUCAAAAGACCAAUCAUUUAUUCAAUGCCUGGAAUGACAAUAAAAGAGUGAAGAUUGGAAGAGAUGGUCAAGAAAUUGAACCCAGAUGUGGAGAAAGUCUUUGUAAACUUUUCCCAGCAGAUGAGAAUCUUGAUAUCACAGAUAUUGUUCACAAAUCAAGGAAAGGCAGUAUUCGUCCUGACAGAGAUCUCAGGGAACGAGCCCCUCGUAUUAUGGGUUCAAGGAGGCCUCCAAUACCUGUCGGGUCUGAAUUUGCCAGACGCCGCCAUAGUAGAGAUGAAUUUUAUGAAGGGCCAAGCCCAAGACCUAAGCGUAGCCGUGGUAACUACGAUCGAGAACCUUUCUAUAAAGAAAGGCGAAUGGACAGGUCACCAAGGUAUGCAGGAGUUAGAAGAGACACAUUUAUAAAUGGGUAUUUCAGUGAAAAUGUAUUACCAGAGAAAAAAAAGUCCUACUCAGACUACAUGAGAGAAUUCAACCAAAGACCACCUCCACCUCAUCCAAUGGCUCCAUUUGGACCACCUCCAGGCUUCUUUGAUCAGGCAAGUUUCACUCCUCACUUUGAAAGACCCCCAAGAAGUGGUUUUCCAUUGGGUCCAACUGACUUUGGAGCAUCUAGAUCGGGAGAAUCUAGCAGUAAAAGAUCUUAUGAAAGAGAUGUUGAUGAAUUUCUUCGGCGUACAACUCAUGGUCUCAAAUUGAAAAGUCGUGAUGACAGAAGAAGUGAUAGGGACCAUGACAGAGGGCGGGACAGAGAUCGUGGAAGGGACCAUGACAGAGAUAGGGAUCAUCGCAGUGAUAGAGAUUAUGACAGACGAGAACAGACUAGAGACAGAGAUCGUGAUCGUUCAAGCAGGCAUCACAGAGACAGGCGAUGAAUGAGGAUUUGGAUAAAUAGUAUUAGUCUGUUGUAUUGAGGUUGUAAAAGUGAGAACAUAAAGAUGAAGGAUUUAGUUUUAAAUUGUGAGAACCAGUGAAAAUGUGAGGUUUGACAUUGUUUUGCCUUGUGCUGAGUACUUGAAGGUCAAAUGUGGAUGUAGCUGUUAGACAAUUUGUUUAGACUUAGGCAAUGGAUGUUGAUGUUAUUACUUUGAAUUCUUAUCUCCAUUCACUAUAAAAUAAAGUUUCCUCUUUCAGACCUUGCAAUCUAUGGGGCAGAUGAUGUUAAGUUCAUCUAUUUCUAUGACCAACGGUUCAUGUGCAGGGUUUCAUGUGGCCAGCACAACGACCAUCCACCUUUACUUUCCCCAACUAAAGUCAGGUACCCAUUAGAGCUGGGUGGACUCAUGGACGCCCUAAAAAUCAGAAAUUCAAAAUCUCAGCCUUCACCGAGAUUUGAACCCAGGACCCCAGGUUCGGAAGCCAAGCGCUUAACCACUCAACCACCGCAGCCGCUCCACCCCUCAUUCACUAUAAUCAUUUUUUAUUUUACACCUUCAUUUUGUUGGUAUUAUCUCUUAUUGGAACCAAUGUCAUCACAUUUUAUAUCUUACAUUUCAAAAGGUCAUAAUUUGUUGAUAUGUUCAGUGACAGCUGUUGUUUUUUUUUUAGCUGUCUGCUUUGUAAUUUGUUGUUCAUAGUUUCACAAGAGACUUGGAUGCUUAGUAACAAUAGCUUUAUUUUUAAUUGUUGCCUGCAUUAGUCCUUGAAAAUAUUUUAUUAGUUACUAAGUUUGUGAUGAAUCUGUAGUCUUAUAAUUUGUACUAAAGUUGAGUUAGUGUAUAUCAAAAUUCAAAGGAAUGUCUAUGUAUUGUUGAGGGUAAAAACAGUAAUCUCUAGAUACAAAAUUUGGACUGUAACGAAGUGGUGAAACCUUUUCAGAAACUUGUUACAAAAAAACAGUUGUCAUUUUUUUUUUAUAGUUUUAAUAAAUACUUCAUAUGUUACAGUGUACACUUAUAAAAGAACAACUAUUUUACCUCUUUUUUUUUAUGUAUAGAGCUGUUUGUGUUCAAUAGCUUGAAAGUUGUGUGUGUGUAUGUAAAUGUUCACCAUGAAAAUAUGGCUCUUUUUGUGUUCUCUCCAAUGGCAUCUAGCUGUAAGAUAUUGAAUGUUUCAUUAUAUCAUGUAUAGAAUCUUAUUUGAUGACACUAAUGUAUGUACAGCAUUCUUUUAGUUCUUAUACUUGUUGAUGAAAUAAGUUUGGUUCAUGUAGAAGUAUUGAUAAAUAAAUGUAAGAUUCAUUGGUUACAA